AUGGCCGAUAAUAUUAGUAACAGUAAUGAACAACGACAAUUUAAUGGAGGAGGAGGUAAUGGAGCAAAUAAUAACAAUAUGGUGACUCGAAAAAAGGCUAAUAAUAUAAGUGGUGGUGAUUUAACUGCGUCACCAAAAUAUAAUAAAUCAAAUUCACGUGGAUAUAAUAAGGAAAUUCAACAACAAAAACAAUAUCGAGGAAAUAACAAUAAUAAUCGACAACAACGAGGCGGUGGUAAUUUCAAAUAUCGAAAUGAGGGACAAAACAAUUCUUAUCGAAGUGAAAAAACCGAUAAUUUUGAUCUGGUUGGUGUGGAUGAUGAAAAUCCUAAUGAUGAAACUAAUGAAGAUUUGGAUUUUGAUGAUCAUUAUCGAAAUAAACGUGGUUGUAAUAGUGCAAAAAAGACAAAUAUGAGUCAUUUACUUAAUUUUCAUUAUGUUGAUAAACAACGUGUUAAUGUACGUGGUAAUCGUCGAUCAUUUAAUUCAAAUUAUUAUUUAAAUAAUAGAUGGUCAUCAAAUGGAAAUUCAACAAAUAGACAAUCAUUUUCUAAAGAACAAUUUCUUCAAGCAAAUUGUCAAUUUAUUGUUCAAGCAGAUUCAAAUGAUUAUUCAAUUCAUUUUGCUAAUCCAGAUGUAGCUAUUGAUUGGUCACGUGUUGAACAAGUUCGGUUACAUUCAAUGCAUCCACUCAAAUGUCCUAUUUGUUUAUCGGAACCACAAGCAGGAAAAAUUACACGUUGUGGACAUGUUUAUUGUUGGUCAUGUUUAUUACAUUAUUUAGCAUUGAGUGAUAAACCUUGGAGAAAAUGUCCUGUUUGUUCAGAAUCAAUUUAUAAAGAAGAUAUUCGAAGUGUUCGUGGAAUAGUUUCUCGUUGUUUAAAACCAGGUGAUUGGAUAACAUUUCGUUUAAUGUGUCGUGAACGUGGUUCAGUUCUAUUUCAUCCAAGAAAAAAUUUUAAUAAUAUUACAUUAAAACAUGAACCUGAACGUCUUUUAAUGAAAUCAAAUAUACAACAAUAUGCUCAUUUAUUAUCAGCUGAUAAUGAAACAAUUUUAAGUGAAAUAAUUGAAAAAGAAAAAUUUGAAUUAUUACAACAAUUAGAAGAAGAUGGAGAUCAACCAGAAGCUUGUUUUAUUAAACAAGCACUCGAAGAAAAUAAUGAAAGAGAAAAAAUUGUUCGAGAACGAAUUGAUAAAAUGAAAAAUAUCGAUGAAAUCAAGUUAAUACCAAAACAAACAAAAGAAGAAGAAAAAUUAUUACCAACUAAACCUGUAUUAGUUUAUGACAAUGCUUUUAAUAAUAUUAUCGAAUCUAGACAAGAAGAAAAAUUAAACAUUAGUAGCGAAGAAAAACUUGAUACAAAUAUAUCUUCACCUACUGAUAAAAGUCCUUUGUGUGCAGCAUCAGUAUCAAAUGUACAACCAAAUCGACAUUAUUUUUAUAAAGCUGAUGAUAUUUAUCAUGCAUAUUUAAGUGGAUUAAAUACUCGAAUUUUACUUCAUGAAUAUGGUUCUUAUCAACAAUGUCCUGAUGAACUUCAUUUUCGAGUUGAAGCAAUUGAAAGUUUUUUUAUGACUGAAGAACUUCGAUCACAAUUUCGUUCACUAAGCCAUUUACCAUUAACAUGUGAAUUUCAAGUUAUUGAAAUUCGUCUUCAUCCACCAUUGAUUUCUUCUGAAACAAUGCAAAUGUUUGCAGACGAAAUUCAUCAUCGUCGUCAAUUACGUGUACGAAAAGAACGUCUAGAAAAACGAAGACAACAACAAGCUGAAUUAGUUGAAAGUCAAAAAUUAUUAUCACAAUAUCCACCCGAAAUGAUGUAUAUACCACAAGAAAGUUUUCCUAUAAAUGGAACAAAUUCGAUGGAAGAAUUUCCAGCUAUGAUUAGUAGUGUAACAUCUUCAUCACCACCAUCAGCAACUGUUCAAUUAUCUGAUGAAAAUUUAUCACCACCAACAGGUGUUUCAUUUGCUCAAAUGCUUAAACAACAAGCUCCACCUGUACUUAAACCAUUACCAGUCAAUAAAUCAGCUAUUGAAAAAAGUGUAUCUAUUGAUAUUUCGAAAAAAACUCAAAAGAAUAAAAAAAAGAAAAAUAAUAAUGAUAGUGAUGAAGAUCAUAUUAAUGAUGAUGAAGAAUAUUAUGCAAAUGUACCUAAUUUUCAUUCGAGUUUUAGUCUUGAAGAAGUUUUUGAUCGACUUAAACUUGUAAAUGGUGAAGAACAUCCUGCAUCAUCAAUUGGUGAAAUUACAAGCAAUGUUACAACUAAAAAAAAGAAUAAAAAAAAUAAACAAGUAUUGUUUGCCACUGGUUUAGGUAGUCAAGUCAAACUGUGA